CAGUGCCGAGCCAUCAUGGCGAACCCUCGGAAAUUCAGUGAAAAGAUCGCUCUUUUGAAUCAGAAACAGGCGGAGGAAACUGCUGCGUUCGAGGCAAUCAUGCGAGAGGUUUCCGAUGUCACAAGCCGAGUUGCUGGAGUGGCGUCAGCGAGCAACUCGGUGGUAGCGAGUCCUACGGGUUGCGGUAUUUCGGUGGAAUCGUCGGGAGGAGGAGGUAUAAUGUCGGUGAAGAGUGCGGGAGCGAGUCCUCCGUUGCAACAAUUGUCGUCCGCGACAGCGAAAAUAGCAACGGGAAAUCACCUGCGUAUAAACCAGUUGGGGAAUCAAUUUAAAGCUGGCGGUUCCUUGCCGAACGUCAACAACAAUAACACCGGCUGUAACACGAGUAACAAUCAUCAUCAUCAUCAUCAUCUUCAGAGUAACAAUAACAAUAACAACAAUAACAACAAUCACUGCACAAUCACGUCGGCUUGUUCUUCGUCCUCGUCGUCGUCGUCGUCGUCUUGCCCAAUGGCGACAACAACAACGACGACAAUAACUACGACAACGACGGCGAUAACGACUAAAAAUAUUACCACAGUUUCAAGAGGUAAUUCGGUAUCGGUCCAAGCGACGUCCUGCACGCAACAAAUCGUUGACGUUAAUCCCUCGAUAUCGUGCUCCUCCUCGUCGAUGAUCAGCAACGUUCGAAUCACAAAUGUGGAUGCGAUUUCCAACGACGAUACUGCAAAUAUAACAGCCUUAGCGACAGCAAAAACGAUGAACAAUAACAGUAACAACAAUAACGACGACGAUCAAAUGCACAGACUUAAUCAAACUAUAACAACGGACAGAUGUUGUUGUUCGUCGUCAUCGUCGCCCGCGGUUGCAAAUUCUUCUUCUUCUUCUUGUUCCUCUUCCUCUUCUUGUUGUUCAUCUUCAGCAGCAGGGCUUAAAAAUCAUACAGAUGUUACUGCUGUUGCUGUUGCUGCUGCUGCCGCCGCCGCUGCUCCUACAGCAACGGCUACCACUAUUUUUCCUGCAACUUUAUACUCCGUUGAUAUUAAGACUGCGCUAAAUCAUCCCGAGGAAAUACAAAACAAUUCCAUGAUGUACCGAACCACGUCAGACCGCAGUCGAUCCGUUGGAGGACCGAUGCGAUCUCGUCCUGCCGAAAAGAGGCACGAUACCUCACCUUACAGCGGGGUACCUUAUCUGUCACCUCCUCCGCCAGAUACCUGGCGCAGAACCAAUUCUGACUCCGCUCUUCAUCAAAGCGUUAACGAAUCCUGCCAGAUGCCUUCCUCCAUGCCUCACCGGCGAGGUAGCGAUGCGUACCCACACAUGGGAGUUAUGGGAAACGAGCACAGAGAUUCGCAUCGUGGCUUUAUGGAGAGGCCGAGAUCUUCUUGCGAAAUGCCCAGAGUACCUGGAAUAAACAUUUAUCCGAGUUCUCAACCGCCGGGGCAACAAAUUCCUAUAGGAAAUAACACGGGAUCUUUACCAGAUUUAAGCAACGUUCAUUUUCCGCCACCGUUACAAGCCCCUCUCGACCAGGAGGAACAUUCGAGUAGUACGCCGUACAGUAACAGCCCUCAGACAAGCAGUCCUACGACUCUGUCGCCAACCAGCUUACAACAAGCUGGAAGGCUAUCCUUUUCGCAAGAUCACAGCCCGGCACACGCCCAAAACCAUUUAUCAGUGCCUGUUAACUCUAGGUUUCUACACACAUGCAAGGGUGUUGCGUUGGACAACAGCACAAGUACUUCACAACAGGAUCUUCAUUCUUAUACGCAACCACCGCCGCCAGCUCACAGUCCUCAACAUUUUAUUUAUCAGCCACCGCAUAGUCCGGUGCCACCACCGAGCCCUAAAUCAUCGCAGUCACAUCAACCGGUGAAUUCCUUAGGGUCCUACCGAACUCCACAAACGGUAAACAGGCCCUCACCCCAAUCGUCUCCAAGUUUAACCGUUCGGAGUCCGUUAAGUUAUAGCAAUAAUCCGUCUGCACCUCCGAGCCCCACGGGACACCUGGGCCAGCCGAAUUUCACUACGAACAGUUUAGAUCAAAAUAACUACUUGCCUGACCAAAACCAGGCAGCGGCCCUUCAACAGCACUUCGAGCAAUUCAGCAUGGGAGUGGAUUGGGCGCAUUUAGUCCAGCAGCUUAUGGAAUCUGGCUGCGCGUGGACUACACAGCUAGAGAUGGACUCACCUGUGGCACCGACGUCGGGUACUUAUAUCAGCUCACCGAGUCACACCAGUUAUACUCAAAGCGAAAUGAUCAACGUUGGUGGAGAAAUGGGUGGUGGAGACGCUGGGUAUUUUAGUACUAGUCCACAAUUGGCGUAUCAACCUCGAACACCUACGUCAAGUCAACAACUGACACCACAGACACCAAAUACCCCAACUAUUAUACUCACUGAUUUUUCAGGCAACCAUGGUCUUUCAAGUUCGGAAUAUGUAAAAGACUACCACGGUACAGAGAUGACGAGUGAUUUUGAUCAGAAUCUAUUCCCUUCAGACGAUGCGCUUAGACAGGGUUUGGAUCCCAUUGAUUUUGGUGAUCUACAAAUGCUCACUGAUCCUGACAUGGUGAUCGACCCAACUGCCGAAGAUCACUUUAGAUUAGAUCGACUCUAAGAUGAAAAAAUUGUACUGAUUCGUGCGAAUUUUAUUAUUCUUGGAUAAAAUAAUGACGACUUGGUGUGUUACGACUCAAGACACUUUAGCUAAUGGGGAAUUUUUGGAAAUUCGUUAUAUUUCUGGUAAUUCGUUGGUUGAAAAAACAAAAAGAAUUAAUUUUGAAACGUUGUAAGAAACAUUUAAUUGUUAAAAUAUUAUUCAAUUACUUUUUUCAUCUCUCGUUACAGUUAUAAAUUCUGUUAAUUUCGGUGGAGUCACGAUGUUUUCGUUUAUUCGGUAUUCCCAUUAAAAUUUCAUAUCAAAAUUGAAACUUCAUACAAGUUGACCGACAAAAUAGGGUGCAGAGAUUCUCUCAGCUCAUAAUCGCAACGACGUCGAUGUCAUCAAAUUACUAGAAAUACUUGAACGAUCUCAAAACCCGUUCGUGAUAAAUUGUUAAUUGAAGAUUAAGCAACAGAUCUUGAUUAACUUUUUUUUUUCUUUUUUAUUUUAUACUACUUUGUAUAUUGUACUAUGUAUGAUCUCUAAGGAUGCACAAAAGAAACCGUUUACUGAUUUAUACAUGCUUUUGUCAUACGCAAGUGUAGUAAAUUUUAAUACAUUACAUGGCGAGGGAUAUCUGAAAAAAAAGCACUGAACGCAUAAAGACACACUACUAAGAUUAUAAACACAUUAACUGUGUUUUAGUGAGAUGGGUUAAGUGUAAAAAUGAUGGUGAUUCUGAUUUUUAUUACUUCCUGGGCACAUUUUGGAUACACUUACAAUAAGUUUAAGCUCGUAACAUGGUCAUCUUUGAGUAGAAAUAAGAAGUUUGAUAUCACGUUUAGCUUUAGGAUGUAUCCCAAACUCAAGGUCACGUUGAAACAACUUUUUUGUACCUGAGAAACUGUAUAAUAACUAGCUCUCCACCUCGUAGUCAACGAUUUGAGUCAAUGUGAUUUAUAGCGUCGAAUUAGGCGCAACCAGAGGUAGGCACUUCAUUUAAUAACUUUCUAAUUGUUAUCAAGUAAUCCCAAACCUAUGUGGAACUUCGAUCUAGUACCUCUCAGGUACAGAGUUAUACACAUAAUAAUAGGCUCGCAGACACAGAUUUUAAGAAAGAAGGAAAAAUACAAAUGAAUAUCAAGGAAAAUCUAUGUGAAAUAUCAAACGACCCGAUGCUAGUUGCAUAAAGUAGGGUUUUCAAUUUACGAAAGAAAAAUAUGAAUUGAAUAAUGAGGAAAUCUCUGACUCGUCAAGUUGAAUUUGUCUCUCACCGGAAGUGGGGCCUUUGGUAAAACAUAUUUGCAAGAAAACCCUCCGAGGUUGUCAAUUGAUUUUUGAAAGUAAUAUGUCGUACUUUGUAUACCUUUGACUAAUCAUUUCAUUGUGAAAUUUAAACUUUAAAUCUCAUUCGAACACACUAAAUAAAUGAAAACAAUAAGCGACGACGACAUUUAUAUCCCACUUAUAAAACAAGCAGAAACAAAAAAAUAUACACGCAUCACUAAAACAUACAUUCGAAUAUGGUAUGUUCACAAACUCUACUAUAAUAGUAUCGCCUACUUCUAUUCUAUCAUUAAGAUAGGUAAUUAGGAAUUUAAUAUGUCUGUACGUGCAAGAUUUUUUUCAUGCGUUGGAUACAGUCCAGCAAGACUCGUUAUUCAAUAAUCGGUAUAAUAAUUAUAGGUUACCUGGACAGUUAGGUGUAUCGUAUCGUCUCUUGUAUCGAAUCUAAUUGUGCAAUGGUUGCAUGUACCGGCAUCAGUUUUCUUAUUUUUCUUUCUUGAUGUUUCGUCCUGUUUUCUUUUGAUUUUCACUUCACAUUUUCACCUUUCAAAGCCCACAUGCUCGCGAUUAUUCUACUUUUCAUUUGCCGAACGACAGUUAUGGUUGAAAAUCAGAACGUGCCCCAUGGAAUUUCGAAUCGUCACUGCUUACAGAUUUGAUGCUGAAACAAAAACAUGUAUAUAAACAACUUCGUUACGUUGGCAACCUCUCGAUAAUUCGUUCUCUUUUGUUUUUCAUUCAAUUUGAAUUUUCAAAUUCUCACAUCACAAUCGUCUAUCAUCUACGCGUAUAGAAGACCUAAGGUUUUUGCCGCUGAUCACUAAAAAUUUCUAUCAAAUGUUGUAAAAAAAUGUUUUUUCCUUUCAGUUAUUUUAUAUAUGAUUACUAUUCGCCACGAUUUAUAUACAUUAUUUUAUGCGUAUGUUAGUUAAGUGGAUAUACAUGAAAAAGAAUACAUAUAUUGACACGAACAUUUAAAUAUUGUUAAAUUUUUAAACUCGUUAGUUUAGAAGAUCGUUAUUUAUUUAUAAGUUGAAUAAUACGUUUUUAUUUCAUAUUUUAAGAAACUUUAUGCAUGUGUAGAAUAUUCAUACAUAUGUAAAACAGGUAUACAUAAAUUGAUGAAAAUCAUUCGGUUGGGCGAGUUAGGAAAAAAGAAAAAAUUUAUUCUAGCGGCAAAUACCUUGGAUCGAUGCAAUAUCGAUUUCUAGAAUGCAUAAUACAUACCAACAUACAUUAUACGUAUAUAAAAUAAAAUUUAUUGAUCGUUGUCUCUCACAAAUUUUAAUAUAUUAACCUUGGCAGGUUACUAAAGUAGAUUAAUAUUUUGCAAUUUUUCCUACAAUUAUCUAUCUAUAGUAAUGAAAAAACAUGAUGAAUAAAUUAGAGGAAAAAAAAACCGAAAAACAAUACAAAAAAACAUACAUAUAAUCAAACAAAAAUGGAAGAAAGAAGACAAAAAAAAUAAAUAAUAUUAUUAAUAUUAAAAUAAAUAUGUGACUAUCUUUAUCAUAAAGUGCCAAAAGUGUAUCUAUUGCUGAAUUAAGUCGUGCACUUUGAGAUGUCAAUUUACUAUAGUAACUUUGACUGAGAUACAGUGCCCCAUCCCCAUGAGAAAAAAAUAAGAAAAAAAAAGAAUAAAAAUAUUAUAAGUCUUUGUUAGAAUGUAUAAAAAAGACAGUUCAAUAUACACAUAGAAGAAAGGAAAGGAAAGGAAAGCAAGAAUAAACGAAAGCAAAAAAGAAAGAAAACGAGAAUAGGAAAGAAAUAUAUAAUUACUGUUUUCUGUGUAGUACUUAAAUAUUUAGAAUUACGUUUUCCAUUAAGGAAUAAAUCAAAGAAAUUAAUGAAUCAA